CUGGAAGCAAUUUUCAUUUAGCUAUAAUUAUUAAAUUGGACGUUUUCUGUCGUUUAAAAAGUGCGCCUAAUUAUGUAUAUCGAUUAUUGGUAUGUACAACUGGUACAGCCUGGCGAGGAAACUGAACGUACAGUAUUUGUAGUUUUUCUCAUCAUGAAGAAACAAUGUAAAGUUUUUCAUUGUAUCAUUCUUAAUUCUGAUUAGUGAAAUGCAUUGAACAAAUAUUUGAUUUGUAUCAUGGAUCUUCUUUCGCGAAGCUUCAUAGCAGUCGAAUGUAAUUUCUAUUUCUUCCGCUACUCGCGCACGGUCGUAUUAUGUGUAGUAAUAGGUUUGGUUUCACUGGUUACACUAUUCCCUGUGAAUUGACAUUGCAAAACUCCGGUCCAAAAUAUGCGUGAUCUGUUGUGCGUUUGAUCACUACUCAUGAUAGAUUGCUGACAUCUUUCUCACAGCAGUCGUUAGAACGUACGCACUGAUUGUAAUUAUCAUUACAAGUUGUUGAAGUACAAGCUGUGGGAAUUUUAAUGGUCCCCGUGUAAACAUUCGCUCUUCUUAAGCCUUUAUCUCCCGUGCCUAACACAAAGAGAGUUUUCUGAGCACAAUGGAUGUAUUUUUAAUGAUAAGAAGGAAGAAACUUACAAUAUUCACUGAUGCCAAAGACACAACUUCUGUCCGUGAACUAAAGAAAAUAAUAGAAGGUAUCUUGAAAGUUCCUCCAAAUAACCAGCAACUUUUCAAUAAAGAUAAUAAUGUAAUGGAAGAUGAGAAAACAUUACAAGAAUAUGGUCUAACUUCCAGCACUGCAAAGGCACAAUGUCCAGCUGCUGUGGGUUUAGCUCUUAGGCAAGAAAAUGGAGAAUUUGAAACCUUGGAUUUGACUCCAUUUUCUUCACCGCCUGACUUACCAGAUGUAAUGAAGUCUCAAGAAAGUAAUGGGCAAGAACAAGCUUCUUGAGCAGUUAACAUAUUGUUUAAAAAUCUGGCCUCUUCAUUGGUUUUACAAAUACACACCAAAGAAAGGAUUUGUGUAGCUAGAAAAAUUAUUACUGUCAAAAUUCUGCCAUUAAAUGUUCUAUAGUUUAUUUAUUUUAAUCUUCAUGAGGUGUGUGUGUGUUGCCAGCUUGAAUUCAUGUUCAGAAUUAUUUUCCUUAAAGAAAAAAAAUAUUUGUGAAGUCAAAUUGAAAGUGAUAUUUGUUUAAAAAAAGAAUAAAAGAAUCAUCAGUUUGGAUGAGUUCUUGCAGUUGCAUUUUCCCAUUGUAGUUUGAUUACAUUUGUCAUUGUAAAAUAAAAUAUUGUUAUGUAGCAACUAAUUUUUUAAAUGCAUUAUGAUUUUUGUUGAAAAAACUGACUGACUAUUUGUUACUUCUGAGUCCUCUCCCAUCUUUCUGAGAAUGUAUUUUCUACAAGUGAAUUUACGUUUUAUAACUUGGUAUCUUUUUUUGAUAUAUUAGUCUAAAGUAAAUAUUGUAUUUGUCAGACAAAAGCAAUGCUCAAGUCCAUAUUUGAUGUAUGAAAUCGCAAGAAUCAAAUGCUUAACAACUUUUUCUAAAGAUUGAUCAGUGUGAGAAAAUGUUCAUUGCUCUUUUCUUGCAUAUGUGGCAUACAAAAUUCAUGAAUAGUACUUUCAAUAUCUAUUUAAAUUUUUAGGAGUAUGGAUUGUGACGGUGAGAAGAAAGGAAAAAUUUUAGGUGUUACUUUGAUUAUACUUUUAACCAUGUUUUUAUACUCUGUGGAUUUUCACAUUCGUAGUUUUCUUGUCUUUUACUACAGACAUUGGGAGUAAUAUAUAAUAUUCUGAUGUAAAUUUCUGUAUUUUAUCAUUUUAUGCAUUUGUCUGUUGUAGAAAUCAUUAAUUUAUCUGUAUAAAAAAUAGUAUUCUUGAUGCUAAAAUCGAAUUUCAGUUGAGCAGUUUUCUCUUUAUCCACAACAAAUAUACCAGGUUAGAUGAAAAAAAUAUUUGUCUAAUCCUAAGAGUUCAGUUUCAUUUCUUAUUUUCACUAUUUGUAGCAAAUCUUUCAAAAAAAGAUCAAACUAAACUUGUUUAUUAAUCGAGAAAUGGUCAAACCUGCUUCGUAUUCAUUUUACUGGUGUUAAUUUGUAAAUAAAAAUCAUAAUUUGCUUCCACAAUUUAUAUUAAACAUUCACAGAAUUUCAGACAAAAAUAAAACACCCUGAAAGUUGAUUGUAUAAUUUCUUAAAAACAAUAUCUUAAAAAUGUGCAUGAAAAAUAGUAGUUUUGAAAUGUUGGAACAUGUGCCUUGUGCAAUGCAAACACGAUUGGGAUGCUUGUUAGGACGAGUCUCAGUUGCAUUCCUAUGUCACUGUUUAGAUGUGUGAGAACAGGAUUCAAAUUCGUUUUGAAAAAAUAAUUAUAUUUUUUGUAAUAUUUGUAGUCACAUGUGCUUAUAACUUUGUUCAAGUUGGCAAGUUUUAAAAGACAUAUUACAGCAUGAACUACACUUGAGUCUUAUACAAUUUGACUGCUAUUCAGAAAAAGAAUAUUGCCUGGCUAUUGGGUGUAUAUGAAGAUAUUUUGAACUUGAGUGAUAUUGUUUUAAGUCUGAGUAAUCUUGUUAAGUUUUAUGUCAUUAAUUUUUCUCAGCAAUGGUGAAAUUGGGAAUGUCCACAAUGUCAAAACAUGUACAUGAAUAAAACUUUUACAACCACAUGUUAAUUGAAUAAUUUAUUCAUAUUCAAUGUAGUAAGAGUCAUGGAAUUGCACUUCCUGAAAUGGGGAUAGCUUUUAAUAUUCACACACUAAACCCUAGCUAUUGUAUUUGCAAUUGUCUGAAAUAUGAAUAUUGACUUCAUUUCUUGUCUCAAAUUAGGGGUCAAGUAGUUGAUAGAGGUCUAUUAGUGACUUACUUUAUCAUGCAGAAUUGUUUGCCUCAUUGUGAAGUGACAAAUUUUCAAAGCACAGGAAAUUAAAAAAUGUAUGUUGCAAGGCUUCUCCAAUGAGAAAUCUUUUGUAGCCAGAGAGUAAAAUGUUUUAUUCUCC